GCCCUGCUGGCCGCAGUAGUGCAGUCCGCGGUGAAGCCUUGCCCGCAGCAGCUCCUCGUCGCUAUGAGCGCCGGACAGGCCGUGGGGGAGGCGGCGAGCUGCGCCGCCCCGUCGGCGCUUCCCAGGGUGCUCUCAGCCCUUUUCUACGGGACGUGCUCGUUCUUCAUCGUGCUGGUGAACAAGGCCCUGCUCAGCGCCUACAGCUUCCCAUCACCAGUGUUUCUUGGCAUUGGACAGAUGGCAGCCACUAUACUUAUCUUGUAUGUGUCAAAAAUAAAUAAGAUUGUUCACUUCCCUGAUUUUGACAAAAGUAUACCUCUAAAGUUGUUUCCUCUGCCUCUGAUUUACGUUGGAAACCACAUAAGUGGAUUAUCAAGUACCAGCAAACUCAGUUUGCCGAUGUUUACUGUGCUCAGGAAGUUUACCAUUCCACUUACUUUACUGCUGGAAAUCAUCAUACUUGGGAAACGAUAUCCACUGAGCAUUGUAGUCAGCGUAUUUGCCAUAAUUCUUGGAGCUUUCAUAGCAGCUGGGUCUGAUCUGUCUUUUAAUCUGGAGGGUUACACCUUUGUAUUGCUGAAUGAUAUCUUUACAGCAGCAAAUGGAGUUUACACAAAGCAGAAAAUUGAUCCAAAGGAGUUGGGGAAAUAUGGUGUCCUUUUCUAUAAUGCUUGUUUCAUGGUGAUUCCAACAGUUAUUAUUAGCUUUUCUACUGGAGACUUUCAGCAGGCAACACAUUUCCAGCACUGGACAAAUCUUUUGUUUGUCUUUCAAUUUAUUCUUUCCUGCUUUUUGGGGUUUCUCUUGAUGUAUUCUACUGUCCUAUGCAGUCAUUACAAUUCUGCGCUCACAACGACAGUAGUUGGUGCCAUCAAGAAUCUAUCCAUUGCUUACAUUGGAAUGUUGAUUGGUGGAGAUUACGUAUUCUCCAUGUUAAACUUCAUAGGGCUAAAUAUUUGUAUGGCAGGAGGACUGAGAUACUCAUUUUUAACUUUAAGAGGAAACAGCAAGCCUACGCAACCUGGGGAUGAAGAGAAUGCACUUUCUGAAUCAAAUAGUUAGCCAAAAUGCCCACCUUGAAAGAGACUGGAGAUACGAGUUUGUUUAGCAUUGCUGAGAACUUAAUAAGUGUAUGCUGGAACAUACUUGGAACGAGGAAAAAAAUCUACCUCAGUUGGCAGAGAUGUGCACACAAUUCACUGGUUCAGAAAUACCUUGCACACCAUGUGGACAAGUUUAAUUUUAGCUUUUUUUUUACAUCACAAGCUAAUUAUAAAAAGGAAUGCCAUGAAAAAAUCUGA